GACAAUUGAGACUUUUCCGCACGAAAGUUUGCAUUUGCCAAGAAAAAUAAGCUUAGGCGACCAUCAAUAUCAUUUGCCAAAAACCCCAGGAAACCACUGAACAACAACUCGCAUUACAUAACCUUUUUAAGAUGCUGUCGCAAUCCCUGCUGAGUGGCAUGCGUGUGCUGCGCACCGAAGCCCGCCGCAACUUCGGCAUCGUGGCCCCCGCCCUGAGCAAGGCCUCCGAUCCCAUCCAGCAGCUGUUCCUGGACAAAGUGCGCGAGUACAAGCAGAAGAGCUCUGGCGGCAAGCUGGUGGACUCCAAUCCCGAGAUCGAGCGCGAGCUGAAGACCGAGCUGGACCGUGUGGCCAAGCAGUACGGCAGCGAUGGCAAGACCGACAUGCUCAAGUUCCCCGAGUUCCAGUUCCCCGACGUCAAGGUGGACCCCAUCACCCAGGCCCCCCAGUAAAGGUCGAGCCACGCCUUUGAGUUAGUCUAAUUGCUUUAAGUUCUGCUGCUGAUUUCGCAUGUGCAACCCCAAAAACCACGGGCACUACGUCAACAACAUCCAAUAAAAUCGGGAAAACAUCAA